GUUUGAGUGUUCAACCAGGACAGGAAGGGAAUUGCUGAGCUCAGGGAUCCCCUCCCUUUCCCACCCCCAGCUGCCUCUGUUUCCUCCCUCAUUCCACCCGCUGCCCUCCCUCAGCUUCCUGCUCCCUUUGGCCUGCCCCUGUCUGGUUUGGAUUGAUCCAGACCUCCUCUUGCCACCCUCCUUUCCUUCUCACUCCUCCAUCCUUCCCUCCCACUCCCACUUUAUUCCUCUCCAGAUUACUUGUUGUUUGUACCGGGGCAGGGGGGCAUGGAUCUCUCUGCCCUGUAAGAGUUCAGGGUUGGGGCAGUGCUGGAGGCUUAGCCCCUCAGAGCCUGUGAGUCAGCACUGUCCUCGGGAUUGGUCUCUCCCCUUAGCUCCCCGCCCCUGGGGAGGAGCCAGUCAGCUCUAGGUCCAGCCCGUUCUCCUCACAGCCAGAGAAGAGGCUCCACGCUGGGCGGGGAUGGGGCCUGAAACUCUCUGGGUCUGAGCCCGGGGAGCCAGAGCCACUUGUCCCUCUCCCUCCCCAGGACCCUUGAGAUCCCUGGGCCAUAGAGGUCCGAUCAGGCUAAGGGCCUGGGAUGCCCCCUGCCUGGCCCCCUUGCCCUGACUGGCAGGGGGGCCAGGCUGGGCAGCAGCCUCCCUCUCACUCCAGCCAUGGAUCUCCUGCCCCCCAAGCCCAAGUACAACCCACUUCGGAAUGAGUCUCUGUCAUCGCUGGAGGAGGGAGCUUCAGGGUCCACCCCACCGGAGGAGCUGCCUUCCCCAUCAGCCUCGUCUCUGGGGCCCAUGCUGCCACCUCUGCCUGGGGACGAUAGUCCCACUACCCUGUGCUCCUUCUUCCCCCGGAUGAGCAACCUGAAGCUGGCCAACCCGGCUGGGGGGCGCCUGGGGCCGAAGGGGGAGCCAGGAAGGGCAGCCGAGGAUGGGGAGGGGAUCGUAGGGGCAGCCAUGCCGGACUCAGGCCCCCUGCCCCUCCUCCAGGACAUGAACAAGCUGAGUGGAGGCGGCGGGCGCAGGACUCGGGUGGAAGGGGGCCAGCUGGGGGGCGAGGAGUGGACCCGCCACGGGAGCUUUGUCAAUAAGCCCACGCGGGGCUGGCUGCAUCCCAACGACAAAGUCAUGGGACCCGGGGUUUCCUACGUGGUUCGGUACAUGGGCUGUGUGGAGGUCCUGCAGUCAAUGCGCGCCCUGGACUUCAACACCCGGACUCAGGUCACCAGGGAGGCCAUCAGUCUGGUGUGUGACGCUGUGCCGGGUGCUAAGGGGGCAACAAGGAGGAGAAAGCCCUGUAGCCGUCCACUCAGCUCCAUCCUGGGGAGGAGUAACCUGAAAUUUGCUGGAAUGCCAAUCACUCUCACCGUCUCCACCAGCAGCCUCAAUCUCAUGGCCGCAGACUGCAAACAGAUCAUCGCCAACCACCACAUGCAAUCCAUCUCGUUUGCGUCUGGCGGGGACCCGGACACAGCCGAGUAUGUCGCCUAUGUUGCCAAAGACCCGGUGAAUCAGAGAGCCUGCCACAUCCUGGAGUGUCCCGAAGGGCUUGCUCAGGACGUCAUCAGCACCAUUGGCCAGGCCUUCGAGUUGCGUUUCAAACAAUACCUCAGGAACCCGCCCAAGCUGGUCACCCCCCAUGACAGGAUGGCUGGCUUUGAUGGCUCAGCUUGGGAUGAGGAGGAGGAAGAGCCACCUGACCAUCAGUACUAUAAUGACUUCCCUGGGAAGGAACCCCCUCUUGGGGGGGUGGUGGACAUGCGGCUUCGGGAAGGAGCCCCCCCGGGGGCUGCUCGACCCACUCCACCCAGUGCCCAGACCCCUAGCCACCUGGGAGCCACGCUGCCAGUGGGGCAGCCUGUUGGAGGAGACCCAGAAGCCCGCAAACAGAUGCUGCCGCCGCCACCCUGCCCAGCAGGCAGAGAGCUCUUUGAUGAUCCCUCCUAUGUCAAUGUCCAGAACCUAGACAAGGCACGGCAAGCAGGCGGUGGAGCCGGGCCCCCCAAUCCUGCCAUCAAUGGCAGCGCGCCCCGAGACCUCUUUGACAUGAAGCCCUUUGAAGAUGCCCUGCGGGUGCCUCCACCUCCCCAGUUGGUGGCCAUGGCUGAGCAGCUCCGAGGGGAGCCCUGGUUUCACGGGAAGCUGAGCCGGCGGGAGGCCGAGGCACUGCUGCAGCUCAACGGGGACUUCCUGGUGCGGGAAAGCACGACCACGCCUGGCCAGUAUGUGCUCACUGGCCUGCAGAGUGGGCAGCCCAAGCACCUGCUACUGGUGGACCCUGAGGGUGUGGUUCGGACAAAGGAUCACCGCUUUGAGAGUGUCAGUCACCUCAUCAGCUACCACAUGGACAAUCACUUGCCCAUCAUCUCUGCGGGCAGCGAACUGUGUCUCCAGCAACCUGUGGAGCGGAAACUGUGAUCUGUCCCAGCGCUCUCUCCUAGAAGAUGCCCUGCGACCCCUUCCACCCUAUUGCCCGACUCUCAGGACCUCACUUGGGAGUGUUUUGUGGGCUUGGCCUUGUGUAGGGCUGGGGGUAGUGUGGACAUUGGGUUCAGCAUCCAGCUGAGUGAGAGGGUUUGAGUCAGGAGCCAGGGGUAGAGUCCUGCUUCUCCCCAAACCUCACCAAAGUAUUAAUGUACAGAGUGGCCCCCUCCCCUGGGCCUUUCCUGUGCCAACUUGAUACCCCCUUCCCCAGGGUGGGUGCUGGAGGCCUGGGCAGUAUGCCUCCUUGUAAUGGAAAAUGUCCUGUGGUGAUAGGCCCAGUGGAGCAAUCACCCUUCCAGGGAAGGGGGAAUGAAUCACACCUUUAGUCUACCCCUGGGCUCAGGGUACCCCAGACCCCUCUCAACAACCCUCCCUCCCAGCGUUUAAACUUUGUGCCUUUGACCAUCUGCUAGGUCUGAAGAUAUUUUAUGCAAAGAGUUCUUGGGCCCCUGAAGUCAAGCAUGGGGGUGCUGACACCUUGGCUUCUGGGACCCCGUCCUCUCCUUGCUCAGUACCCCCUCCCGUUUAGGUUGGGCGAACAGAGGCAGGAGUGGCAGCUGUCCCCUCUCCCCGGGGAUAUGCAGCCCUUAGAGAUUGCCUCAGAGCCCCCUCCCAGCCAGUGGGGAGAUGGACCCACCCCUUGCUCAGUGCCUCUUGGGCGGGGCCCCUCACCCCAGGGGGUCUAUAUAUACAUUUGGCAAGUCCACUCGCCGCCGCCCCCCCCCUCCCCCCCGGCCCCAUGUUGCAUGCAUGUUAUACUCUAGAGCCAAAGUACAGCCCUUCCUUCUGUAGCCUCUGCCCUGCCUCCCCCUGCUGGGGUGGUGGGGGGAUGACUGAAGUGUCAUCCUAGGUGGAUUUUGUGGAGGUGGGAACAGGGGCACUGAGACUCUAAAGCAGUAGACAAUCCCCAGAUACCAUCGGUAGAUUUGGAACUGCGUUUAUUUUUUAUUUUAUAUGCAUAUAUUUUAGGGCUGUAGAUUUACUUUCCUAAUUUGUUUUCCAUAGCUUAUUCCUGAGCACAAAAUGAUAAUAAUCGAUUUAUACAUCACCUUUUUGACUUUUCAAAGCCCUUUUACAACUAUUGGCAUUUUCCUCACCCCCGGCCUUUGCCGGUAGCAUUAUCUUUUCUGAGAGACAAGAGGCCGAGUGUGAGCCAGGACUAGAGAAACUUGGACCUCCCACCGCGAGGCUGGGAGGCAGAAAUUUGGCUGAAUGAGUGUUAGCUUCACACGGGGCGGGCGGGGGCGGGGGCUGGGGGACACUUAAAACCUGCAGUUAUUGAAUCCCUUCUCCAGGCCGGGUCCUGCCGUACGACAGAGGAGCCGGCCCUGCUCUGUCAUUAGGCCUUGUGGAUAAGGGAGCGUGGACUAUCUAAAUCCUCACCUCCCUUUUUUUUCUUUUCUUUUUGUUUGGAUGUUUUCACGGGUCUCACUUAUACCAAAGGGAAAGAAUCUUCAUUAAAGUCCAUAUUUCUUCUA